AUGUCGGGAUCGAGAAAAAAUAAUCGGCUCAGCGUAGUACGCAUGCUGUCGGAAGAGGAAAGUGCAGUGUUCGGUCAAUGUCCCGCAUGUAAUCAGCCGGAUGUGGCAGACAAAUGGAUGGUACAGUGCGAUUCUUGUGAACAAUGGUACCAUUUCAUCUGCGCUAAAGUGGAUGAGAGUAUCAAGGAUAGGAGCUUUUCUUGUACUAAGUGUGCACCCCGACCAGCUCCAUUAAGUUCGAAAUCCAGCAGAUCUACUUCUUCGAGUGCACGACUUGCUCGUCAAGAGUUGGAACUACGAAGACUUGCCGAGGAAAAAGCUCUGGAGGAGCAGCUACUGACGCAACAGCAGGAUGAAGAAGCUGCAUUACAGAAGAAAGCGAUGGAACAGGAGAAAGAAAGGAAGGAACAGGCACGGCUCAGGAUGCAGGAGUUACAGAUGCAGUACAUAAAGAAGAAGUAUAACAUUCUUCAAGCCACCGCAGAGGAGGACGACGACGACAGAUGUGUACAGAGUCACCGAAGUAUCCAUAGCGUUAGGAGCACAGUCCAGGAUUGGGUUAGGAAACACCACGAUUCGGCCCUGGCCACCGGUAAUGGGACAAACAAUCUCCCCACCGAUUCCACGUCGAACAAUCAAGCGUCAGUGGAGACCCUGGCGUUCCUCGAUGAUGGUUCGUCAUUCACGUUGGUCGAGAAGGAGCUAGCGGAGGAGCUCGGAGUUAAAGGCAAGGUAGAACCACUUUGUCUACAAUGGACCGGUAGCAUCAGAAGAACGGAAACAGAAUCUCAACUAAUUCGCAUAGGCAUUUCAGGAGUUGAUGGUGGAAAAGUGUAUGCCCUUGACGGCGUGCGAACAGUCGACAACCUCGAUCUACCACCGCAAACGUUACAGUUUGAGCAGAUUGCACAAAGGUUCACGUAUCUACGGGGACUUCCUGUGGCAAGCUAUACGAAUGCAGUUCCCCGUAUUCUCUUAGGCGUAGAUAACGCGCAGUUGAUCGUUACGCUUAAAAAGAGGGAUAGAAAAGUGUACGAACCAGUUGCUGCAAAAACCAAACUUGGCUGGACGCUGUACGGUAAUGUUGAAGGUCCAGACGUACCCCAAGAGUAUCGUCAUCUUCAUAUCUGUGCGCGAUCUCCAGAUCAAGAACUUCACGAUUUGGUCAAGGGGUUCUUCAACGUGGAAAGCAUUGGAAUAUCGGCAGUACCUGCAAUCGAAUCAGAAGACAAUCAACGAGCUCGUCAAAUUCUCAAGGAAACAACAGUUCGCACACCAUCAGGAAGGUUCGAAACGGGCCUCUUAUGGAAGUACGAUUACAUAGAGUUUCCUGAUAGUCGGUCUAUGGCCGAGCAACGUAUGAAAUGCCUGGAGAAGAAGCUGUCGAAGAUGCCGGAGGUGUACGACAACGUUAAGCAGCAGAUCAUGGACUUUCAAGCGAAAGGAUACGCACACAAAUUGACGGAAGAGGAGGCGGUCAAUAGUGAUCCUAGGAGGACUUGGUAUCUACCAUUGGGUGUAAUUUUAAACCCGAAUAAACCAGGGAAAAUUCGCAUCGUAUGGGACGCAGCGGCAAAGGUCGAAGGAGUUUCACUGAAUUCUAUGCUGUUAACGGGGCCAGACCUUUUGACACCACUUCUGUCCGUUUUGUAUCGUUUCCGUCAACGAGAGGUAGCAAUAUCGGGAGACAUACGGGAAAUGUUCAUGCAGAUGCUAAUGCGUUCCCGAGAUCGACAGUCUCUACGAUUCGUAUUCCGUAACGAACCAGGAGAGCAGGUGGAAGUUUACGUGAUGGACGUGGCAAUAUUCGGAGCAACUUGCUCUCCAUGCUCCGCUCAAUACGUAAAAAACUUAAACGCUGAAGAGUGGAAAAUGCAGUACCCCAGAGCUGCUGUUGCUAUUCAGGAGAACCACUAUGUGGACGACUACCUCGACAGCGUGGAUACCGAGGAAGAAGCGGUUCAGCUGAUAAAAGAGGUAAAAGCCGUUCAUGCGAAAGCCGGAUUUGAUAUUCGCAAGUGGUUAUCCAAUUCGAAAGAUGUCGUUCAGCAGAUAGGGGAUCCAAUUCCUCAGAACUCUAAAAACUUUAUAGCCGACAAGACCACAAAUUCCGAAAGAAUCCUCGGAAUG